AUGGAGUUCCUUUGCACGUCAGUAGUCAGCACCUCGGCGGUUACUUCAACCCCCGUAGGCCGCAACCUCCAAGCCCAGAAGCUUUUGGGAUCUUCCUUUGGCGUACCAGGCAACAAUCGUACCUUUGAUUACAUUGUGGUAGGAGGAGGAAUUGGAGGUCUCACAAUAGCUACCAGGCUAGUGGAGCAGAAAGCAGGCAGCGUUGCUGUGAUUGAAGCAGGAACCUUCUACGAGAUAACCAACGGGAACCUAAGCCAACUCCCCUCUAAUGAUUACCUCUUCACAGGCAAAGACAAAUCCGACUGGCAACCGGAUAUCGACUGGGGUUACAUAUCAGAACCUCAAAAGGGCGCGAACAAUGCCUCAAUGCAUUAUGCACGUGGCAAAACACUAGGUGGCAGUUCUGCCAGACACUACAUGGCCUACCAGCGCCCGACCAAAGGUGCACUGAAGAUGUGGGCGGACGCAGUCGGCGACCAAAGCUACACCUUCGACAGGUUCCUGACCUAUUACGAGAAGAGUGUCAAGUUCACCGGUCCCAGGUCUGAUUUGCGGUCGUCCAAUUCAACCCCUUCAUACAACAAAAAUUCCGUCAAGGCGAAAGACGCCGAAACAACAGCAGUGUCCCUCACCUUCCCCAAUUAUGUUCACGCGUUCACUACAUGGGCUGUUGAGGGGUUGAAGGCAAUUGGACUAAAGACAGUCCCGGGUUUCCUUGAUGGGUCUUUGCUCGGGCAGUCAUACGUCAUGACCACUAUCCAGCCCAACGGCGUCCGUGAGUCCGCCGAGACGGCCUUCCUCCAACCUGCUCUGGCAUAUCCCGAUUACACUGUCUAUCAUCUGGCUAUGGCAAAGAAGAUCCUUUUCGACAACAAGAAGCGUGCAACUGGUGUCGUGGUGGACAACUCUGGUCUCGAAUAUACCCUCUCCGCAAGAAAAGAGGUCAUCGUCUCCGGCGGUUUCAUCGGAUCGCCCCAACUACUUCAAGUAUCCGGUGUCGGACCCGCUCAACUGCUGUCCCAAAACGGGAUUCCGGUUGUUGCUGAUCGGCCAGGUGUCGGCCAGAACAUGGAGGACCACAUUAUCUUCGCCGUCACGUAUCAAGUCAAUGCCCCCACAGUAUCAUCUCUCCAAGAUCCAGCGUUUGCCGCCAAACAGGCAGCCUCAUUCAACGAUAAGGGUGCCGGCAUGUACUCCAACCCGAUCACUGAGGUGCUGGGGUGGGAGAAGGUACCCCAGCCUCUACGAUCUGCCAUGUCCAAUGGCAGCCAGAGCGCUCUAAACAAGUAUCCUGCCGACUGGCCAGAGAUCGAAUACAUCACUUCUGCAGCGUAUGUCGGGACCCAAGAGAACACUAAGUCUUCGGGGGCGCCGUUCGAUGGCAAGAACUAUGCUUCGUUGGCUGUCGUUCUCAAUACUCCCAGGUCGCGCGGAUCGGUCAAUAUCAAAUCCGCGAACUCGUAUGACCACCCUGCUGUCAACCCUAACUUCCUCCUGGAUCAGACCGACGUGGAGGUGGCUUUGGCGGGCUUCAAGCGCGCUCGACAGUUCUGGGAGUCCAAGGCCAUGUCCAAGUUCAAGAUCGGAAGCGAGGUCUACCCGGGAAACACGGUACAGACAGACGACGACAUACGAGCCAUUAUUCGCAAGAGCUACAACACAAUCUUCCACGGCGCGGUCACCUGCAGGAUGGGCAAGCCCAACGACAACAUGGCCGUUGUUGAUAGUCAAGCCAAGGUUAUUGGCGUGCAGGGACUCCGAGUUGUAGAUGCGUCUGCAUUCCCAUUUCUACCACCAGGACAUCCUCAGGCCACAAUUUAUGCUCUGGCCGAGAAGAUCGCAUGUAAUAUUUCCGGCAAAUGCUCCGGCUACUAACCUGGACCGACUAUGCAUGUAGCACCUCUGUUCUUUAUUGUAUAAAGUAGAUUCCUUCUCAGGGUUUUUCGUUUUGUUGCUGGGUUAGCACUAUGUAAUAGGCUUAAGUGUAUCUAUUACUCGUUCUCACUACUGUCUUGGUGUUUAAAUUAGAUAGAGCGCGUUGCAUGCCAAAUUCAAUUAGAAGUCUUUUCAUUUUUUGUGCUUACAUGUUUCCGUGUCUUUGCAAUGGGAAGUAGAAUCAUUAGCGACGCCUGCUCACAGUUGAGAUCGUGGAUAGAGCUUGCUUCCAUAUUCUAUUUCCGUCUCAAGUAAUCAGAGACGAACUUGCUCUUGAUGAUUCACACAAGGCGUCCACUAAAACUUGCACGUGCUGUUGUGAUUGAUGUAUGAGAAACAUUGCACAGGAUGUUGUGAAAAAUGUUGAAUGCUCAGUGGAAUUUUCCCGGAAGCCCGGUGGGGC